AUGUCGCUCCAAGAUCGACUGGGAACCCAGGAUGCGACCCAGCUACUCACGCUCGCGUCGGGGCUGGCGCUGGCGACCGCCGCAGGGGGGACGAGUUGGAGUUACAACUUGCCUUUGAUGCUGUUCGGCGUGAUAGCGCACGAGAUGCCCUCGACGCACCAGCCCCUCCGACACUUCAUCUCCCUAACCACCUUCAGCGCCAUCUUUGACCUCCUCACCCUCUUCUCGGCCGGUUUUGGCUUCACCUUCCUCUUCGCCUUAGUCCUCUUGGUAUUGAAGGCGCCGAUCGUGGUCACGAGCAUUGCGGUGCUCAAGGAGCGCGGGGGGAGUUUGGGGGCUUUGGAGGGUUUAGGGGGUUGCCGGCCGGAGGUGCAGGUGGCGGGCAGGGCAGUGAACUGGGUCCCGUCUAUGCCGGCCAUGCCGACCAUGCCUGGGGGAUUUAGCGGCUCGCCCAACGCUCAACAACCAAGCAACUCCAACGCUCCGCCGGCCAGCUUCCCCUCGUCCGGCGGCUUCAGGCUCGGUGGGGAGGAAGAUGGACAGGGCGCGCCGCCGCCUGUUCCCGCGCCAGGGCGGAAUGGGUAUUCUAGCAUCGCUUAG